UGCGCAAAAUAUCUUCCGUGAAUUUAUAUGACAAAGUAAUUAAAAUGUCACUAAUAAAUAAUAGGUAUUUUAAAAAUGAAUUAGAUGAUUAUAAGAGUGGCGCAGUUAAAAUAGACGAGGGUGUCAUCAAACACCAAAUUCAGAAUAUCGUCGAAGAUAUUUUAAUCCAACAACCAGCAAAUUACCGGAAUUGUCGAGGCGGUCUUUAUGUGGGUGAUGCUGGUAUAGCAUACAUGCUAUAUUAUUUAAUCAAGUCAAAUUUAUUUCCUGAAUCUAAUGAAAAGUUCUAUCAACAAGCCCUACAAUAUAUUGAAUCUUCAAAUACAUAUUUAAAAAAGAAACAUUCUGAGGAUGAUAUUGGAUUUCUUCUUGGCAGUACGGGGGUGCAUGCAGUUACAGCUGCUGUAUAUGAUUUAGAUAUUGAACGCAAAUCACUUACAAAAGAUUAUGCUAAGAAAUUUUUGCAGGCUGCAGAGUUUGUGAAAAAUACACAAUGGGAUGAGGUCCUUGUGGGAAGAGCUGGUUAUUUGAGUGGUGCUUUAUGGAUAAAUAAAGUUUUAUCGCAACCUGCUAUUUCUAGUAAUACCUUAUAUUCAAUAUGUGAUAAAAUGGUUCAGUCUGGUAGACAAUAUGCUGCUCAAAAUAGUAGUCCUUGUCCUUUGAUGUACUCUUAUCAUGGCAGUGAAUAUCUUGGUGCAGCCCAUGGUUUGAGUGCUAUUUUACAAAUGCUUCUGUCAGCGCCUGGUUAUUUGGACAAACAUCCCCAAGCCAUGAAAGAAGUGAAAGAAAGUGUUGACUAUAUGCUUUCUGUUCAAAAUUCUGAAGGAAAUUUUCCAUGUACUUUAGAUGAAGUGGGAUAUAAGCGACCAGAAAACAAAGAAUUAGUGCAUUGGUGUCAUGGUGGUCCAGGAGUAGUUUAUCUCAUGGCUAAAGCUUACUUGACCUAUAAAGAUGACAAAUAUCUUCUGUCAUGCUUGAAAACUGGAGACCUUGUUUGGAAUAAAGGGUUACUUCGUAAAGGACCUGGUAUUUGCCAUGGAGUAGCUGGUAGCGGUUAUGUAUUUCUGCUUUUAUACAGAUUAACUGGAGAUCAAAAGCAUUUGCAUAGAGCAAAUAAAAUGGCUGAGUUUAUGAGAUCUGAGCAUUUUAGAGCAAAGGCAAGGACGCCUGAUAGUCCUUAUUCACUCUAUGAAGGAACUGCUGGUACAGUUUGUUUUCUAAUUGAUUUGAUUAAGAAGGAAAACGCCAGUUUUCCAUUUUUGGAUGUAUUCUCGGAUUCUGGAUCUGGCAAUCAUUAAUUUAACAAAAAACUUGAUAACGGUUUU